AUGCGAUCUGUCUCAUGGCACCGUGAUCUCCGAGCCGCGCUUGGCGUGGGGCUGGUCCUUCUAACUGCCCGGGUGGCCUUCACCGGAUGGCAGGCGCCUAGCGCUGCCGGGCGGCGCGCCGUGUGGUGCCGCAACUCCGCCACGCCGCGGCAGGCGGCGCUGGCGCCGGAGGUGACGAAGCUGUUCUUCCAAAAAGCCAAGGGCGACCAGGAGGAAGCCGUGCGGUUUCAGGUAGCAUCUUCCGUAUCUGCUGUGGCUGAAGUGUAUGCGUCCUUGUUGCUGCGACGUCGGCGGCAGAAACCUGGAAGUCGCUCCGUGAUUUUUGUUCCACAGCUGAGCCGGGGCGAGGAAAUACAUCGAGUGCUUCAGGAGCAUGGGUUGAAAGCCUCCUUGCUCUCACACCGGUCCACGGAGACGAGCCCUUUCGACUCGGUAAUAGUGUGCCUCUAUGGAUCCAUCCAUCGAUUGGCAGGUUGUCGUUUCGAUGUGAAGAUCAUCGACGAAGCCUUUGGCCUGCGGCAUUCCACGAAGACCAAGGCCAAGGUCCAGGCUGUUCCUGCCAGUCUGGUGGCCGAAUUUUCCUUCACCUUUGGCACAGAAGAGGUGGACUACAGGUAUUCCAUGCACCAAGCCCUGGACGCAGAUGAACUCCAUCCCGUGGACUGCUUUGGUUUGCCCAUCGCAGCCCCAAGUGGUGUUGGGCGGCGGAAGAUGGUGGCAGACUGGAUCCAGCGGCAGCAACACAAUUGGCCGGGAAACACCCGUGCGGUGCUGUUUUACCAGGCCCAGGCAGCGGCCGAAUUUGCUGAGAUGUUGAAAGGCCUUGGGGUUGAGGCUGGAUACCAUGAUGCUUGCAAGCCCCAUGGGCCAGAGGUUGGCAGCAAGCAAGUGUUGUGUUUGGCCAGGGGUCAAGCCACUGACUUUGGAGUUAAGGGCGUGCAAACUGUAAUCCUUGCAGAGCCCACACGCCAGCCCAGCUCACUGAAAUAUCUGCAACAUUUGCUGCAAAAUGUUUGGAGGGACAAAUUUCACAGGCGAAGAUGGCUCAUCGAGGUUCUGGACGGCAAUGGCAGAGAUAGCACCGUUCAAAACCGCAUGAAGGCCUAUUCCGACCACCUAUCAGCCUUGACGGAGCCGGGCCACAUCCUGUCCCCGCUGUCCCGAACUUCCCCACAGUUGCUGGACCUCUGUGGUCGGAGCUUUCCGCUGUUGCGGUCGAAUUUGCGGAGUCUGUUGCGGGCUCAGGGUCGAGCAGAUGAGCCCAGAUGGCUCCAGAGCUUGUACGCAUGGCUGCUGGAACAUCAGCGCAAGCCACGGAGACAUGUGGACCUGGAGGAAAGUCUUCAGGCAGAGAGGCUGAACAGAGGCUACCGCUAUGUGCGCCAGAAGCUGUUUAAUAAGAAGGAGGAAGAACUCUUUGACGCCUGCACCAGCCUAUUGGGUUGCCGCCCCUGGAUGCAGAACCUCUCCGAUUGGGUAGUCGAACAGGGUCGCCUACCACAAAGUCGGUCCACGGAUGCAGAAGAAAGGAAGCACGCCAAGAGGUGGCAGAAUGCACAAAGGUAUCUUCAAACGGGACAGCUGAAUGCUGCAGAGACACAACUCUUUGAGAGUCGCGUUGGAAAUCUUUCCCAGGGCGCUCAAGCGCCUGUCCGGGAAUGGAUGCAGAGUUUGCAUUCAUGGCUGAGGGACCACGGCCAGACCCUGAAGGCAUCAGAUCCGGAAGAAAAGCUACAGACUAGCAGGCUGAAGAAAGCAAAGGAAUAUGCCAAGGCCGGCAAGCUGAAUGCGGCCGAACAGCAGCUGUUCCAUGAAAUCUUGGCCGCUCGCCGUGGAUUCCAUGGAUCACGGCCGUGGAUCCAAAAUCUGACCGCUUGGGUGAGGCGCAUGGGCUCCAAACCCCGUAGAGGCGCCGAGAAUCCGCUGGAACGGAUGCAGGCGACGCGCUGGAGCCGAGCCCAAGGCUUGUUGAAACUGGGGCAUCUCACGGCAGCGGAGGCGCAGCUGUUUCUGGAGACUCAGCGGUCUAUUUCCGAAGCUUCGCAGCGCGGCUGGCUGAAAUCCUUGCACGACUGGGUGAGAGAUGCUGGUCGCAGGCCCAGGGACUCCGUGGAAUCCGAGAGGAGACAGGCGACGAGGUGGAUCCAGGCAGCAGCUUAUGUGAGGACAGGAAAGUUCAAUGAAGAAGAGAAGGACCUCUUCCUUCGCUGCCAGGAAAUCGCCAAAGCACAUAAGGCUAAUAUGGACACCAAGGUCCGGGACUGGCUCCAGAGUUUGCAUGCCUGGGUGACCAGCCAUAACAAGCCUCGCUGGAACGCCUCAGACCCAGAAGAAAAACUGCAGGCGCAGAGGCUAAAGACUGCCCAGCAACGAUUGAAAGCUGGAAAACUGAACUUGGCUGAAGAACGGCUGUUUCAAAGCUGCGUAACUUUUUUGCAGUCAAGUGCCUGA